AUGGCAAGCGGAGGAGGAGAACCAGCCGGAGAAGCGGUCCAGGACAUGCAAACGGCGAUUUUGCAAAUCACCCAACUUUUGCAGCGGUUUGCAGUUCCCAGGCAGCCAAAUCCGGAACACACGUUGGAAGCCCUUUCUUCCAACAUCAGCGAGUUUUCUUUCAACCCAGAAAAUGGCGUCACAUUCAAGAAAUGGUUCGCACGCUAUACCGACCUUUUCGAGAGCGACGCGCAGCAUUUGGAUGAUGCAGCCAAGGUCCGGCUGUUGCUGCGAAAAAUGGACACCGCUUCCCACAGUCGGUAUUUGAAUUACAUCCUUCCUAGGCUCCCUAAGGAUGUUACGUUCAAGGACACCGUGGAAACGUUAAUCAAAAUUUUCGGAGAACAAACCUCACUUUUCCGACGCCGGUUCCAAUGUCUCCAACUGGCGAAAAGUGAAGGAGACGACAUCAUAACCUACGGCGGAAAGGUAAACCGAGCGUGUGAAGAUUUCGAUUUUGUGAACCUAACAAUCGACCAGUUCAAAUGUCUGGUUUUCGUGACCGGACUGAAGGCAUCCAAGCACGCUGAUAUUCGGACGAGAUUGCUCACCCGGAUGGAAAACGAGAGACCGGACGCACCAGUGACUCUUCAAACUCUCAUCGACGAGUUCCAGCAGCUCGUUAAUCUGAAAGCAGACACCAGCUUGAUUGAGCAUCCAGCCAGCUCGAAAGCAGCAGCAACGCCGUGCUGGCAAUGCGGCCAGAUGCACUUCGUGAAGGAUUGCACAUACAGCAGCCAUCUGUGCAAAUCUUGCAACCGUGUGGGACACAAGGAAGGGUACUGCGGAUGCUUCACCAAGACUUCAAACGCGCCUGCUGGGGAUAAUUCCAACCAAAAGGGUAAGAAGAACCAGAAGAAGAAGACCAAGUACCAUGCCAACAUCGUUCACACUGUAAACCACACCGGUAAUCUCACCCGUUUCGUCACGACAAUGAUGAACGGACGUCAAGCCACACUGCAACUCGACAGUGACCUGGAGGAAGAUCCUCUGCCGCUGCUGGGGGAAUUCACCUGUCUCGUAGGAGUCAACGACGUCAUCAAGCCUGGACUAUGCCGAGUAACGUCAGUCAAGGGACUCAACCUGUUCGGCUCGGAAUGGAUGGACCUCUUCGAGAUGUGGACGAAACCAUUGUCAUCGUUCAUUAAUCAAGUGAAUCAAUCCAAUUCAAAUUCCUUUUCUGGAAAGCAUUUCCUCAUGCGGUUUCCCGAAGUUUUUCAGGACACUCUUGGGCAUUGCCAGAAAGCUCAAAUCAGUCUUCACCUGAAGCCAGAUGCCAGACCGAUUUUUCGACCCAAACGCCCGGUUCCAUACAACGCCAUUCCCUUGGUCGAAACCGAGCUCAAUCGUCUGCAGCAGUUGGGCAUUAUCUCACCAGUAGAUUACUCUGACUGGGCAGCUCCUAUCGUGGCAGUUCGGAAGCCGGGUGGCAAGGUUCGAAUUUGUGCCGACUACUCAACUGGGCUGAACUCGAUGCUGGAGGCGCACAAUUUUCCGCUUCCCACACCGGACGACAUCUUCUCGAAGUUGGCUGGAAGCAAAGCGUUUAGCAUAAUCGAUCUGUCGGACGCUUACCUACAGGUUGAAGUCGACGAUGCAUCGAAGCGACUCCUCACCAUCAACACCCACCGGGGCCUAUUCAACUUCAACAGGCUGGCUCCUGGUGUAAAGUCAGCACCCGGUGCUUUCCAACAGCUUAUGCACACCAUGAUUGCUGGGAUUUCCGGUGUUGAGGUUGUGUGGUACACAAUAGUAGUACGACCGGUUUGA